AUGGCCGUGGCCCGCCAGGCCCGGAACGGGCCCGCCGCCCCGAGGACGCCGCCGCUCGCCAACCCCUCGGAUCUCACCGGAUCUGGCACCACCAACCCCGGAUCUGGCGCCUCCAUCACCGGAUCCGGCCACGCGAGCCACGGAUCCGGCAUCCGCCACGACCCGGCGGCCACACAUGCCGCCGCGCACCAGCAGCGCGUGCCCCAGCAGCUAGGAAAUAGGGCAGUCACGGCCGCAACCCGCCCGAUCCAAACCAGGCCACGCCCGCCGCCGUCCCGCGCAGCAGAACCACCGCCAUCUUCACGGUUCGCCGCCCCCAAGCUGGAUCCGGUCACGCCAUCCACGGAUCCGGCCAUGCCACGACCGGAUCUAGCCUCGCCGGCCAAGGAACCGGCGCUGCUGUUGCCGAAGAUCCCGGCGCAGGACCCGUCGCCACGAAAAAGAGCACCACGGAACGAAAGCCCCGCCGCCACCGUCUGCCGCACGGGCUUUGCCCGGCGGCAACCACCGGCAGCGGUGAGGGAGGAUACGCUGGGGGGAGGACUGGGAGCAGCGGCAAUGGAGGCGCCGCCCGUGUCACCCGCAGGAGCGACGCGGGGGCAGGAGCGUUAG